AUAGUUACUAUAAGUUCUCUCUACUUUUAGAUAAAUACAGCAGUGAAGUCAUAUGCUGAAUUCCUUUAGUAACUAGUAUCAUAGUUGCCGUAGCUCCGGUUGUAGCACUUUCCGACAUGCUACUUGUUAAACCCUACCGGAGGGCCCUCCAUAGCUCAACUCGGCAAGUCCAAUCCGAAACCGUAGACUCACCAUCUCCUUCCUCCAUCAUCCUUUUUGUCGACAGGGCUGUAUCCAUUCUUAAAGGUCACGACCCAAUUUCCUUGAACUCCAUUUCUUCCCAAUUCACUCCUCAAUAUGCUUCUUCCGUGCUUUUCCAAUGCCAAUUCGAUAAACCCCUUGCUCUAAGAUUCAUCAACUGGGCACGCAACCGCCAAUUCUUCAACCUUAAUUGCAAGUGCAUUUCCAUUCAUAUUCUCACUCGUUUCAAGCUCUACAAGACUGCCCAAUCCAUUGCGGAGGAUGUCGCUUUGAAAUUCGGCGAUAACAAGGGUGAGUCGGUCUUUUCCUGUCUCAGGGACACUUACCAUUCUUGCAAGUCAAGCUCUGCUGUGUUCGACUUGAUGGUAAAAUCCUAUUCUCAUUUGAAAAUGAUUGACAGAGCUAUUAAUGUCUUCGAAUUAGCUAAGUCUAAUGGGUUUAUGCUCACUGUGUUGUCCUAUAAUUCCAUUCUUGAUGCAUUGAUCAGGGUAUCAUGUAAUGGGUCUUUUGAAUUAGCUCAAAAGUUUUAUGAUGAUAUGGUUAAAUCUGGGGUUUCACCUAAUGUGUAUACUUAUAAUAUUAUGAUCCGAGGGCUUUGUGCAAAAGGGGAUCUUCAAAAGGGUUUAGUUGUUUUCAAUGAAAUGGAAAAAAGUGGCUGCUUGCGGAAUGUUGUAACCUAUAACACCAUAAUAGGUGGUUAUUGUAAGACAGGUAAGGUUGAUGAGGCAGUCGAAUUGUUGAAACUAAUGCAAGUGAGGUACUUGGAACCAAGUGUGGUCACAUAUAAUGCUAUUAUUAAUGGGUUGUGUCUAGAAGGAAGGAUGAAAGAGACGAGUGAGAUUUUGGAAGAGAUGAGGGGAAAGGGAUUAAUGCCUGACGAGGUGACAUAUAACACACUGGUAAAUGGCUAUUGUAGAGAGGGUAAUUUCCACCAAGCACUUGUUUUGCACUCGGAAAUGUUAAGGAAUGGUUUGUCUCCAGAUGUUGUGACUUAUACUUCUUUGAUUAAUAGCAUGUGCAAGACCGGAAAUUUGCACCGCGCUAUGGAAUUCUUCGAUCAAUUGCGUGCUAGGGGAUUAUAUCCCAACGAUAGAACUUACACAACAUUGAUUGUUGGCUUUUCUCAGCAGGGUCUUAUGAAUGAGGCUUAUAAGCUUUUGAAUGAAAUGAUUUCAAAUGGCUUUUCCCCUUCAAUUGUAACUUACAAUACUUUAAUUUAUGGGCAUUGUGCAGUGGGCAGGAUGGAGGGUGCUUUACGUUUGACUCAAGAGAUGGAACAGAGAAGGGUGGUCCCAGAUGUUGUAACUUAUAGUAUAAUUGUAUCUGGGUUUUGUAGAAACCGUGAAUUGGAAAGAGCAUUCUGUGUUAAGCAGCAGAUGGUUGAAAAAGGGGUUUUACCUGAUGUUAUUACUUAUUCAUCCCUAAUUCAAGGUCUUUGUGAGCAGCAAUGCCUGACUGAAGCUUGUGAACUUUUCCAAGAGAUGUUGAGAGUAGGUCUGCAACCAGAUAAGUUUACAUAUACUACACUUAUUGGUGCAUACUGUGCAAAUGGGGAUAUUAAGGGUGCUUUUCACCUGCAUAACAAAAUGAUCUAUAAGGGUUUCUUUCCUGAUGUCGUCACUUACAAUGUCCUAAUCAAUGGGCUUAGGAAACAAGCUCGCACUAGGGAAGCAAAGCGGCUUCUGUUCAAGUUGUUGUACGAGCAAUCAGUGCCAAAUAGUGUCACUUACGACAUGCUGAUAGAAAGUUGCAAAGAUCUUGAAUGUAAGACUGCGGUAGAUCUUAUUAAAGGAUUCUGCAUGAAAGGUUUGUUGAAUGAAGCUGACCAAGUUUUUGAGUUGAUGCUGCAAAAACACAAGAAGCCGAGUGAAGUAGCUUAUAACCUACUUAUACACGGUCAUUCCCGGGGUGGGAAUUUGCAUAGAGCCUUGAAUCUUUACAGAGAAAUGGUUAAUCUUGGAUUUAUUCCUCAUACAGUAAGUAUUAUUGUGCUGAUGAAAGGACUUUUUAAAGAAGGGAUGAGUGAGGAAUUAAAUCAAGUAAUUCAAAGCACAUUGGAAACCUGUAAACUUGCUGAUGGUGAGCUAGCAAAAGUUAUUAUUGAGGUGAACUACAAGGAAGGGAACAUGGAUGCAGUAUUUAGUGCACUUACUGAUAUGGCCAAGGAUGGCCUUCUUCCAAAUAGUGGGAAAACCGCUUUUUGUCACAUGCCACAAUAAAGUACUUGUCUAAAAAUAAUCACACCAACUUUUCCCAUGCAUGAGGUAGAGGGCGUCAAGCAAGCAGGAAACUGGGUUGCAACAAAUUGUUUUCCCCUCCUUUAGGUUUCUCAUGCCAUUGUGAAUGUGGGGAGAGCUAGUUUAUUCAGAUGAGCAACAUUCUUUCGAGCGGUUUAAAUUCCCACUUUGCUUGAAAAUUGUAUAACUUUCCACAUGCUUGAAGUGGUAGGUCGGGUCCAUAUACCAGCAACACAUUCACAAAAAGAUGAACAGACAGUUUUGAAUUCCUCUCAUCUAUAUAAGUAGGGUGCUUAUUUGAAAAGGUGAAACAAGAUGCAGAGAAGGAAGUGAGUUUCAUUCGAAAAAGUGUGAAAACUCCAGAGAAUAGAAGAUUUUAAGGCAAUAGCUCAUGCCACAAAUGAACAUCCUGUAGCACUGCUUGCAGAUGCAGAACACACAAAAAAAACUCUUGAAAAGUGCUAAUACUAUUUACAUGCCUAUCUUAUCUCAAAGGUAUCGAAAUGCUGCUGCUGUUUCUGCAUCCAUACUUCCCAAGCUUUAUGGCAUCAAAUUGAUUUUCAGAGCAAGACGAACUAGGUUAGCAGCAGCACAUUCAAUCUGAUUUGAACUGGAAUCAUUCAGAACCAGAUUUUAUGGGUAAAGAGGGGCCAUGUUUCCAUUGUGGCAUCAAGCAAACUAUUCUUUGGAGAAAUGGGCCACCUGAAAAACCAGUGCUCUGCAAUGCAUGUGGAUCAAGAUGGCGGGUUAGGAGGACACUAGAUGGCUAUAUUCCCAGACAUGCAAACAGAGAAAUACAGAGCUAUCAGUUACAUUCUGAGAUGAAGCCGGCUUGUGAUGACCAAAAGCUAGAAGUUGGAGUAGACGUUUCUGGACAGGAUGGCUCUUCAGCUUGUCUUGAAGAGGAAAUGAAUAACAUAUCAAGCUUAGGUUCAGCAGGGUCAUCUUCAGGCAACUGCAUGCAGAUGGAAGAAAUAAGUGGAGAAGCAGACAAAGAUCCUCUCUGGAAUCCUGACAGUGUCCCUAGAAGAAAGAGAUCAAAGCUUAGACAACACAUUUUGUCCCCUGUUGAAAGACUCCAGAGGCAACUUUAUAACAAUCUACAGGAACCAGACUUUGAAAAUAUCUCUGCCGAUGAUGAAAAUAUUCUAAUUUAUGCAAGGAACAAAUACAUUCCUCCUAAUGAGAUUGGUCUUGGAGCUAAGCUGCUCGUAUCACCAACUACUACUGCAGAACACUCAUCUCUAUCUCCAAUGGCAGAAGAUAACGCCUCUUGCUCCGCGAAUGUUCCUGUAGAAAAAUUCCAAUCUGUAAGUGAAUUUUGAGAUGCAUGCAUAAGGUUCAAGCUGGUAUGUGAAGCCAACUCUUAUUAUCUAGUUAGUGCUAUGUUGGUUAAAAACAAUUUUGGUUGUUCCAACUUUACCGGAUGUCCCCAACGGCAAUGCACAACAACUUGCAUGUUUUGAGACCAUCUAGUUUGCCAAUUCUUCCGUUUUAUUGGAUGGAAUUUCAAUGAAUUAGAUAUGUCUAUUCUGCUUUUUGGGUUCAUAUAAUAUGUCAAUUCUGAUGUCUGUCACCGUGUGCUUACGUGUAAGUUUGUUAGUGUAAAGAAAUGAAUUUUUGGGUCUAACUCAACCCCAAAAGCUAGCUUAUAAGGGAAGGAUCGCAAGUCCAUAUAAGGAUAUAAGGAGUCCAUAAUUCCCUCAUCCUACUGAUGUCGGACUUAACACCCUGCCUCACGCCCGGUACUGGACAUCUGGUGCGUGGACAAUAUAAUAUGGAGCCCAACAUAGGUAAAUCAUAAAUUGGGAUGAGUCUGACUCUGAUACCGUGUAAAGAAAUGAAUCUUGGGCCUAACUCUACGUCUCUACCCCAAAAGCUAGCUUAUGAGGGGAGAAUUGUGCAAGUCUAUAAUUCCCUCAUCCCACCGAUGUGGGACUUAACAAACCCAAUAUCCAUUCUCUACAGAUAGUUUGCCUGGACUCCACAGUAGACUUACAUUGUAACGUCUCAAAGGACAUUUGACUUACAUAUGCUUGUCAUUACAACUGUAAUGGCUUGCAUUACACUUUGUUUCAGGAUAAACAAUAAUGUACUAGAUCUUUUUUUUCUUGAUAAGGUAAAGGCUUAUUGACUAAGUAUCAAGAAGGUAGCAAAACCAAAACUUACGAAAGACUGUUGGGAAUAUCCAUACAGUCAAUUACAACAUCUCCCUUGCAACUCCAAAAACUCCAUAUAUUGAUCUAUAUUAAUAAUGAAACUACGUUUACACCAACAAAACAAACUAUGUAAAACGCUUGUUUUUAUCUCUAGAAUUAUGGUCUUUUUGCCCAUCAAAACAAACUUUAUUUCUUUUUAGCCAUAUAGUCCAGAAUAUGCACAAAGGUAUAGUUCUCUAGAUUUGCUUCAAAGUUUUAUGUGUUCUCUGCUGCUGCCAACUCUGUAAUAAUUCCUUCACAUUCUGAGGCAUGAUCCAAUAGAACCCACAAAUACUGAAGAAAAAUUCUCAACAUUGUCUAGCUAUUUUGCAAUGCAUAAGAAGGUGAUUCACUGUCUCCAACUCUUCUUCACAUAAGUAGCAUCUAUUACUUAAUACAAAACCCUUUUUCUGAAGAUUAUCCUGAGUAAGGCAAGCUCCCCAUGCUGCAAUCCAACCAAAACAAGCUACCUUUAUAGGAGCUUUAGUUCUCUAAAUCCCUUUCCAUGGCCAACUAAUAUCACAAAAUCUUGUUUGCUUCAUCAGAAGACUAUAACAUUUUUUUACUGAAAAGGUUCCAUCUUUACUAGCUAUCCAUACUAGUGAAUCUCCCUACUCUGAUCAAUGUGGGUAUAAUCCAGUUGGGGGAGUAAUUGACAAAAGCCUUCAAUUUCCCAAUCAUUCAAAUUUCUAGAUCAUAUGGCUAUGCAAAAUGAAACUGUUGGAAAUGAGGGUGGAAAAGCAAAUGCAUGAGAAAAUAGACCCGCUCCACAUUAUAUGGAUACUACAUCAAGGGUAUGUCACUAAAUUGUUCAUUAAAAUGUUGUUUCUAUUGCAUCUUCUUCCGUAUACGGAGAUGGAAUUCUGAUUAUUGAAGAAAUAGGUAUGUCAGCUUUAGGAUAAGGUAUGCUCAACCACAAAAAGUUUGAAAACUAAGUCGACCACAAAGUCUAUUUGAUCUCCUUUUAAGUUAUAACGACAAGUCGAUAAUAUUUACAAUAAAGAGAAGCUAGAGAGCCAUUAAUACAUAAUCCAGGAACAAUUAAGACUCAGUACUGAGUUUGAUAAAUGCCCCCACGUAACAACAUAGGUCCAGGGGCAGAUCUAGAAAGGGUCGCGAGGGGCUUCACCUAAAUCCACUCGGCAAAAAUUACACGGUAUAUAUAAGGUAUUUUUUAUUUAUUUUAUUUAUUUAUAUAUAAAUUUUGAACCUCCUGAACAUAAGAUUAGAGGUCGACUUAGUGGUACGGGGGGUUCAAAAUUCAUCUUGAGGUUUCAAGUUCAAAUCUCAAGCACUACAUUUUUUCCCGAACCCCCUUAGUGAAAAUGUUGGAUCCGCCACGUUACAUGUAAUAACAUUUCAAAAUAGAUUUAUACUUUUAUAUUACUAGGUAGACUUCGAAGUAAUAUGAAGUAGACAUACUAAAAGCAACAAGCAGUGUAAAAUCGAAAAAAUGUAUUCACAACCAUAAAACUUCAAAGAAUGCCAGGAAAUACUAAAACAAAAGAAAAGAGCAAAGAGAGUAAAAUAUAUUACAACUUAGAAAAGGAAAAUGGAACGUGGGAAGAAAUGAGAAUGUUAAAAUCUCUGUCAUUCUUUUGAACUGUGGCAGAGCAAUGUAAAAUUGUAAAUGAUGAUAGCUGAAAAAGGAAACUAUAGGAGUGAUUCUUGGGACUGAAUAAGCAUCUUGGGCUCUGGAGGAUCAUACAACUGAAAAAAGCUACUUUUGGGUUUUUAAAGAAAGAAUAAAUCUUGGGCCUAACUCAACCCCAAAAGUCAGCUUAUGGGUGAGGAUUGUCCAAGUCAUCAAUUACCCCUCCCAUAUCCCAUGUGGAACUCUUAACAGGGUCGUACCUUCGUAUUCUUAGUUUUGUUUGAAACUUAGAAUGCUUAAUCUACAAAGUUGAUUAUUUUGCCAAAGAAGGAAGUAGUAUCGGCAGGAGAUACAAUUUUAUGCCAAAAAAGAAAAAGAAAAAUGGUGGAGCGGUGUACAAGAAGUACGCCUGCUUGUUGUCUUUCGGAUUAGCUUUCCUUCUUUACCAGCAAGCCUAUUUCUGUAUUUUUGCUUCAAGGGCAUGCUUGUGACAUUACAACUGUACCUCCAGAGUAGACGAUAUUGAGAGUAGCUAAUGGACAUGUACUUUCACUAAUAUUGUUGUUUCGCACACCAUAUAAAAUUCCUUUACUUGUCAAAAUAAUCAUUAUUAGCAUUAGCAGCAAACAUAUGAUUUUGAAAACACAAUCUUGAGAAAAUUUUGAAGAGGUCAAGGAAGAAUUAGUAUUUAAUUGUCUUACCUAGUUUGCUCCCUAAUCCUGAAAGAAGUCCCUCCUACAUUUAGGAAUCUGUUCACAAUAUUAGUACAAACAAAAAAAAUCAGUAUUUGAAGUCCCUCUGAGCCAACAAGGAUCAGGAACAUUAGACAUUUAUAUACUACUACCUUAAUUCCUAUUUAAAUGUAAUUUAAGCUUUUGGCAUAAACAUUAAGAAAACCAUUUAAUAACAAUAAUAAUAAGGGUUAUUUGACUAAGUUAACCUUUAUAUCUCCUCAAGUUACUCCCACCGCCCCAUAUUAGUGGUCCACCUUUCUAUAAAUAGUUGUCCCAAAUUACUUGUCAAUUUACAAAACGAAGACAAAAUUAAUUUAAAAUGUUCCAUUUUACCCCUACAAUUAAUAUUUUUUGAAAGCCUAAACGAGUUUAUAAAUUCCAAAAGGUUACCUUUUCAAAGGAGUGGAUAAAGGGUAAAAUAGUAAAACUACACAUCUUAUUUAUGAUUUCUUAAGGGGCGUGUAAAGAGGAAAGUGGACAACUAAUGGGACCGAGGGAGUAUCCAUUAUCUCUCCAUAGAUCAUUUAUUGGAGCAAGGUUUGAUUUGAAUAAGAAAGUAGUUGUUACUAUAAUUUAUGCUCUUCACAAAUGUACUGUUUUUUUUGGGGGGGUGGGUGGGUGGGUGGGAAUGAGGUAAAAAUGUUGACUUUUUAGUUUCCCUUUUGUAAUGUAUGCUCAUUCUUUGUGGCCAAAUAUGUAUGAUUACAGAAAUUAUGGCUAAAUAAAACGGAAGAAUUAUAAAUAAAUGCACAACUGGCAAACUAGAUGGUCUCAAAACACGCAAGUUGUUGUGCGUAGCCGUUGGGGACAUCCGGUAAAGUUGGAACAGCCCAAAUUGUUUUUAACCAACAUUGCGCUAGCUAGGUAAUAAGAGUUGGCUUCACAUACCAGGUUGAACCUUAUGCAUGCAUCUCAAAAUUCACUUACAGACUGGCAUUUUUCUAUAGGAACAUUCACUGAGCGAGAGGCAUUAUCUUCACAGAUGUACUGCUGAUAGUCUUGAGCAUUAUAUAAUGCAAGUUAUCGUAUCUACUUGUGCUGAUGGAGCAUCAGAUACUUAUUGCAGAAAAUUAAAUUUGUUCAAGGUUAGGGAACUCUUCCUGGGCUUAUUUCUAUAUUUUUAUAUUGCGGUAACUUAGGGUGAUAAUUUUGCAAAAUUUAUAUGGGGCAGUUCCAAGUGAAAGAUUUUGUAGUCAGUAAAGUAAGCUUAUUGGAUUUAUCGUCUUCUGACUUUGGCAUUCUAAAUGCUCAGAACAUUUUUAUUGGUCCGUGGCGGGAUGGUUUUGCUGAUAAAGUUGUCAUGUAUCAUGCUCAAUAUUUUUCGUAAUGAAUUUGGUGACUUAGCCUUUUCUUGUUUUAAUUAUAGAUUGAAACUGUGUUUGGGUAUGUUGGUGUUGUUGUAUUGAAACUGUAUCUGGGAUGUUGGUACUACGAUGGGUGAUUUCACAACUUGCAAAAUUGGGUUGACCAGGAUAUUCAGCAGGCUGUAAUAACUUGGGGGGUUGCUAAAUCUAUUGAUUGCAGUUCAUUGAACAAUUAUAUCAUUUAUUAGCUUUGCCUUCGUCAUUAACUCAUUAUUAUACAUCCUCUUUUUUUCAAUAGAUUUUUGUCAUAUUUUUCUUUCAAUCUUGCUUCAAAUACAUUUCUUUUGAGUUGAGUGUCUAUCGGAAACAACCUCUCUAUCCACAAAGGUAGGGGUAAGGUUUGCAUACAUACCGCUCUCCUCAGACCCCACUUGUGGUAUUACACUGGGUAUGUUGUUGAUACAUAUUUAUGGGAUGGUCAAGGACAUGGAUACUUUAAUUGGAUUGUCACAUGUUAAAGGCUUGGAACACUAGCCAUGUGCAUACGGCAUUUUUCAUUUGCAUCAUGCAUGAUGAUGAGGACAAGAUGGCGAUACUUUAAGUCUUGGUCAUAAUGUAAAAUGGGUAUCCUUCGAAUUUCUCUGGUCAUUGGUCAUGAAGUUUGUUAUAUAAGCUGGUGAUUAUUGCUUCUGGAGUAUGUUGGUGCUCAAUGUCAAGCUUGUGAAGCUGAAAAUUUUAGUACAAACUAGAUCAGCCAUCAGUUGCAUUUUCACAAUGGUGUGGCAAGGCUGUACCUGAUUGCUUCAUAGAGUGCAAAAUAGCUGGACGUUGAUUUAUCUGAUCAAACAACAGCGGCCUCUUCUGUUCUUCACUUCUUCAUCCCAACUUCAGCAAGUUCAUUCUCAAAGAAAGCUCUGAAGUUACUUGGAUGGGGCAUACGUCCUUCAAGAUCAUGUUCACGGCCACUUAAGCAGCUCAAGAGCACCUGUUCUUUGGAAAAUCUAGUUGGGGUUAAUUAUUUACUUUAACGAAGCUCUAUUUUAUUGCUAGGCUUCUACUUCCAGGUCAACACACAACUGACGAAAACUCGGUUUUAUAUGGAACCGAUAAUUUUCCCUACUUGUAACAAGCCCUUUGUUAAACCUCCUCCCCUCCCAAAAACCCUCUUCCAAGGAAAUAGAAAACUGAAUAAAUAUUUCACUUUUAUGGAUGAAAUGGUGCAAAGUGGAGAUCAGUUAUUACAAAUGUUGUUUUAGUUAUAUUGUGUAUUUUCCCAGGAGAUGGUUAUAUAUAAGAUAUGAGAUCUUUGUAGUAUCAUUCUAUUCUCUUCAAAUUAUAAUUCAUCGUCGGAGAUCAUUUCCUU